CGACAUACAAGUUACUUUUAGUCCCAGCGACAAUCGUUGGCUUGUGUUAAUAAGGUGUUUCAGUCAUGGCUCUAGCUGGAAUCCGUGUCAUUGAGUUAGCUGGACUGGCCCCUGCUCCCUUUUGCGGCAUGCUUCUGGCAGACUUUGGAGCCAAAGUGAUUCGCGUUGAUAGGACAAAGGUCUCCAUGGCAGUGGACACGCAGGCCCGAGGGAAGCAAUCUGUCGCGCUCAAUCUGAAGAAACCCCAGGGUGUAGUCAUACUCAAAAGACUGUGUUUACAGUCCGAUGUCAUCAUCGAGCCUUUCCGUAAAGGGGUUAUGGAGAAGUUGGGCUUAGGUCCCGAGGAUCUGCUGAAGGAGAACCCUCGUUUGAUCUACGCCCGGCUCACUGGUUACGGCCAGAGUGGCUCUUACGCUAAAUCCGCUGGACAUGAUAUCAACUACCUAGCCAUAUCAGGGCUGUUGUCUAUGCUGGGUAGGAGUCAAGAGAAGCCCUAUGCGCCCCUGAACUUGGUGGCAGACUUUGCAGGUGGAGGUCUGAUGUGUGCCUUUGGAAUUGUUCUGGCUCUGCUUGAGAGAACCAGAUCGGGCAAGGGCCAGGUCAUUGAUGCCAGCAUGGUCGAGGGAGCAGCCUACGUAGGCUCCUUUAUGUGGAAGUCUCAGAACAUUGGCCUUUGGAACCGUGCCCGCGGAGAGAACAUGCUGGAUGGGGGGGCUCCGUUUUACGAGACGUACCGUACUUUGGACGGACAGCACAUGGCAGUGGGAGCCAUUGAGCCUCAGUUCUACCAGCAGCUCAUCCAAGGGCUGGGAUUGGACCCGGACGACCUCCCGGAUCAGAUGAGUGUGUCUGACUGGCCAGAGCUGAAGAAGAUUUUCACUGAAGUAUUUGCCACUAAAACCCUGGCUGAGUGGAGCCAGAUUUUCGAUGGAACAGACGCUUGUGUCACCCCUGUACUCUCCCUGGACACAGUCCUUACACACCCCCAUAACCAGGAGAGAGGGUCCUUUCUGAGGGAUGACAGAGGAGAACUGAGCCCCCGUCCUGCGCCUGUCCUGUCCCGCACUCCGGCUGGGCCAAGCCUUUCUCGAGAUCCUUUGAUUGGUGAACACACGCGCUCUGUGCUGAUGGAGUAUGGCUUUAAGUCAGCUGACAUAGAACAGUUACUGUCUGAUGGAAUUGUGGAAUGUAAUGAAGCCAAAGCCCGUCUGUAGACUGCAUAGUCUAAUAUAUACAUACAGUACCGGUCAUACAAUUUGGACACACCAACUCAUU